AAUCGAUAGAACUCGUUCAUUUGCCUCGCGUCCCUGAAACGGUCGAAAGCUGGUUCGAUCGUUUUUCGCAGCUAAAAUGAGCCGUGUCGUGAUUUGUGUUCUGCUUUUUGCGUCCAUCUUAGCUGCUGCGCAGGGAUACGCUUUGAGAAUAGUCGGAGGUCAGUUCGCUGAAGAGAAACAGUUUCCAUACCAGGUGGCACUGUUCAUCGGAGGCAAUUUUUCUUGCGGUGGAUCCAUCAUCGAAAGUAGGUGGAUUCUGACGGCUGCUCACUGCGUCAAUAAUGGGCCAGUUGAAAACGACACGCUAACAGUCUACGCAGGCUCACCGCAUCUGGAAAAGGAUGGAGUGUUCUUAAACGCCGAGCAUGUCUACCAUUAUCCGGGAAGCGAAGGAGUGAUGCAUGAUAUUGCGUUGAUCAAAUUGGAAAAGGCAAUCACAUUCGGUGCCACCAUGCAGAAAAUUGAACUCUACACCGAGGAACUUCCGGUUAACUCGACGGUGACUAUUUCCGGACAUGGCAAAACCGGGCAAACGGAAGAGUACUCGGUGCUGCUCAAGUACAACACCAUGUAUCGAGUCGACCAGACGGAGUGCGACGAAAUGACCGGUGGCGCUAAAUCGCCAGGUCUGAUUUGUUUUAACAACGUGGAGGAUAAUGGAAUCUGUUCCGGCGAUUCAGGCGGCCCAGCUGUAUUCGAAGGAAAGCAGGUUGGUGUUGCCAACUUCGCCCUGGGACGCUGUGGAUCUGUUAGGCCUGAUUAUUACGCCAGAGUGCAGUACUACGCGAAAUGGAUAUCGGAAACCAUGUCAAAAAAUGAUUGAAGCACUUUCUUCCAUACAAGCGUAUCCCCCAAAUAAAGUCUGACACCUGUCUUCUAGGUUUCAAUCAUUCA